AUGGAUGAAUUUAAUGACGAAGUGUUAGUUGGACUAGCUUUACAACUAGUUGGAGAUGUUUUAUUUUUCUCUUCGUCGGAAGAUAGUGAGGACGAUGAUCACGAUUUUGAACUUGCAGUGCCGUUUGUGACUGCCAAAAAUGCAAUACCUAGAAUGGAAAAUUAUGUGGAAAAUAUUGUACCUCAGUUUGACGAUGGACAAUUCAAAUCCCAUUUCCGAAUGCUCCCUGAAACGUUUGAAUUCAUAUUGAAAAUAAUUGCACCAAAAUUGGUUAGAAAAAAACCUGGCUGUCCAACUAUUCAACCUAAUAAGCAGUUGCUUUUAGCAAUUUGGAAAAUGGCAACCCCAGAUUCAUACAGGUCAAUUUGUGAAAAAUUCAAUGUAGGGAGGGCAACUGCGUUGAAAUGUGUGAGAAGAGUGGUUAAUGCUUUAGAAAUUCUAGCACCAGCUUUUAUUGCUUGGCCUAAUGAGGAAAGAUCAAUGGUCAUUAGAAAUGGAUUUUUUGCCACCAGUAACUUUCCUAAUGUCAUCGGUGCAAUAGAUGGAACCCAUAUUAAUAUUCCUGCACCUCGUGAUCAUCCAGAGUCUUACGUGAACAGGAAAGGUCACCAUUCGAUUCAACUUCAAGCCGUUUGUGACCAUCAGUGUAAAUUUAUUCACUGUUAUGCUGGAAACGUUGGAUCAGUUCAUGACCAACGAGUGUUUCGCUUAUCUGAUUUAAACGAAGACAUACACAACCCUAGUAAAUUUUUAAACAACUCUCAUAUUAUUGGUGAUGCAGCUUACACAUUGCAAGAACACUUAUUAGUACCUUACCGUGACAAUGGGCAUCUCACCGAAAAACAGAAAAACUUCAAUUUUUGUCAUUCAUCAGCAAGAAUGGCAAUUGAAAGGUCUUUUGGAUUGCUUAAAGGGCGUUUUCGCAGUCUCCUCACCACACUUGCUAUGGAGCGUGUGGAUCUCAUUCCAAAAUAUAUUAUAGCAUGCUGUGUAUUACACAAUAUAUGUUUAUUGAAGAAUGAUGAUUUUCCAAGUACAGUUGAGUUAUUACCAGAAGCCGUACAAUAUCAUGAUCAAGUAGGAGGCAAUGUUGCUGUAAACCGACUAGGUGUAAUUAAGAGAGAUGACAUUUGUGAACGAUUGUCUAUUCGUAAUGUAUAA